CAUUCUCGACAACUUCCAAACCCCAUCGUGCCGAAAGGGCGUCCUAGUGUCAGCUCACCUCAUCCAGCAGUCAGUGUGAAGGAGCUGGAAAGCUGCUUGGCUGGAGAUGCAUCAUUUCCAGUCGACAGAAACAGACACGCUCUUAUUUUGGUUGGAAAGCCAACAAAAAUGCAGCAGAUCACUAGGUAUACAUCAGAGUAUAGAUAAUGCUCAGACAUGGUGCCUUGUCAGACCCAUGUGUUGCUAAAGUGGCAGGAGCACUUCAAUAGCUCCUGGGCGGCAGAGGACAGCCUGCAGACAGCCAGGAGGCAUGGUGCUGCCGUGCUCUACGAUAAGCUCCUUCAUAACAAGGAAGUGGUGACCCUCGCCCAACCUGUUCAAGAACUCGCAGGCCCACGCCUUCCGGACUUCGAAUGUGAGUCCAGUGCAUCUGCGGAGAAGGAAGAGUACCUGUCCUCCCUGCUUCGUAGCCAGCGAUGGCUGGCUCACCGCGUGCUGACGCAAACCUCCUACACCCUGGGUCUCCACCACAGGCUGGUAGUUCUACAGAGGAUCUACUAUGCACUUCACAGCAAAUACCAUGACAAAUUCCGUGUGCAGCUGCCCUCCCACUCCAAAGACAGCGGAACUGAAUGUGGGCAAAUUGAGCCGGCCUCAGAGCCUUUCCUACCAGGGGGAGCAUCCAAAAUCAAGUCGGGUACAGAUGUUCUAAUAGAAAUGGGUGUCAGGACUGGCUUGAGUCUGCUCUUCUCGCUACUGCAGCAGAACUGGAGAUACGCAGCUUCUAUUCAUCCAGAGUCUGUGCUUUGCAACGAUGUGCUCAACACAGCGUCCUCUGUCCUGACUUCGCUGCCACCACUCUCUCUGGCUAAUGAGAAUAAGAUCCCGUCAGUGGGUCUGGACUGCCUGGCACAGGUGGCUGACUUCCUGAAGAAGACAUCGGUGAGCAGCGGGAACGGUGGCGCAGACCCGAUUGGUCGUAGGCUGGCGCUGGAGCUGCUGCUCGGCCUGGCCAUGCAGAGAGGCUCCCUGAAGUUUCUGCUAGAGUGGGUGGAGGUAGCCUUGGCUGCUUCUAUGUCCUCUUCCACCCCUACACUGUCUUCCUCCUCCUCCUCCUCACUGAGCUCCCAGCAGUCAGCCGGUGUGGGCUUUGAUGUCAUCCAUCAAACUCUUCUCCAAAUGAGGCAAUAUUCGGGUUUUCGUGGCGAUCCCGUCAAUACUCAGGUGCUUAAGAAGGAUGCAGAUGGACAUUGUCGACUCUCCCAGGCAGCUCUCUGCUUAUUUGAAGAGAUUUGUAACCUAGCGUCCUACUGCCUGUGCUCAUGUAGCACGGAUGCAGCUGCUCCCGGCACUGAGAGCAAUACAGUCAUGGUGUAUGUGUGGGGCAGCAACAGCAGCCAUCAGCUGGCAGAGGGGACACUGGAGAAAAUCCUGCUGCCAAAACUGACGCAGGGCUUCAGUGAUGCCCAAAUGAUUGAAGCAGGCCAGUACUGCACCUUCUCUGUGUCUGCGGAUGGCUCAGUGAAAGCAUGUGGGAAGGGCAGCUAUGGCCGUCUGGGCUUGGGGGACUCCAACAACCAGUCUAUGCCCAAGAAGCUUGUACUUGAACCACACAGGAACAUUAAGAAAGUGUCCUCCUCCAAGGGCUCCGAUGGUCACACUUUGGCCAUCACUGUCGAGGGAGAGGUCUUCAGCUGGGGUGAUGGAGAAUAUGGGAAGCUGGGCCAUGGCAACAGUGCUACACAAAAGUAUCCCAAAAUCAUACAAGGACCGCUGCUGGGCAAAGUUGUUGUUUGUGUGUCUGCUGGCUACAGACACAGUGCUGCUGUGACUAAUGAUGGAGAGCUUUAUACAUGGGGCGAAGGGGACUUUGGCAGACUCGGUCAAAGUGACAGCCAAAGUCGGAACAUGCCCACACUAGUGAAGGAUAUCAGUGGUGUCGGGCAGGUGGCCUGUGGCAGCUCCCACACCAUCGCUGUGGCUCAGGAUGGGCGUACUGUGUGGUCCUUUGGAGGAGGGGAUAACGGUAAACUGGGUCACGGAGACACCAAUCGUGUGUAUCGGCCCAAGGUCGUAGAAUCCCUGCAUGGAUUCAUCAUCAGGAAAGUGUGUGCUGGUAGCCAGUCAUCUCUGGCCCUAACCUCUGCAGGACAGGUGUUUGCGUGGGGCUGUGGCUCAUGUUUAGGAUGCGGCUCCUCUGAAACAACAGCUCUGAGGCCCCGGUUGAUAGAAGACCUGAGCAUCACCAAGAUUAUUGAUAUCUCAUGUGGAGACAGCCACUGUUUGGCUCUGUCCCACGAGAACGAAGUGUAUGCAUGGGGAAAUAACACCAUGGGCCAGUGUGGGCAGGGUCACACUUCUACACCUAUUUCCAAACCCAAGAAAGUGCUUGGUUUAGAGGGCGUUUCGAUACAGCAAAUUACAGCUGGCACUUCUCACAGUCUGGCUUGGACCGCAGUUCCAACUGACAGGCAGCUUGUGGCGUGGCACAGGCCCUUCUGUGUGGACUUGGAGGAGAGUACGUUCACUUAUUUACGCAACUUCCUGGAAAGCUAUUGUGAUGGAAUUAGUAACGACACCCCACCAGCUCCCUUCGUUUGUAAAAGGGACCACCAUCAUUUUAUUUUGCUGUGCAUGAAGCUGCUGUCCAUCCACUUGUCCCUGGCCCACGCUGGAGGCACUGGUGCUAUGGUUCUGGGUGCUCAGGGCAGGCCCCUGAGAAACCUUCUCUUCAGGCUAAUAGACACUGACAUGCCAGACUCCAUACAACAAGCAGUUUUGAACACGCUGUCUAUUGGUGCGGCCCUGCUGUUGCCUCCACUUCGGGAGAGAACGGAGCUGCUCCUCUCACUCCUUCCUCAGGGCCCUCAGAGUUUGAAUGUUCUUUCCAAAGGACAGCGUCUUCAGUUAGACAUGGUCCUCAGCAGCCUUCAGGACCAGAGCCACGUAGCCUCUCUUCUAGGUUACAGCAAUUUUGGAGAAGUGACAGCCCUGGGGCCUCCAGUGACUCCUUUGUCAGUCCGACAACCCUCUUCAUCCAGCUCUGUUGACACCUGUGACCCUCUGCACUUAGCAGAGGUGCUGCUGAGAACCCUGCUGCUUAGUAUAGGAUUUUACACGGAGCAGCAAUUUGGGGAACUGGAAAAAAACAGCGACAAGCAGCUUGUUGGCGAUAGUCAGGGACAAAUGGAUCCUCCCUCUCACUUUCACCAGCUGCUUUCUGGACUUCACAAACACCUGCUUGCUCAUUGCUACAUCAGUUCCAGCCCGGAGGAUGACAGCAGUGUAGCACUGCUUCGUGAGCAUCUUUACCUGCUGCUUCCCUGCGCUACUGAGACCCUCAGGAGAUCAACCAAAUUGUUAAAGGAGAUUGCCCCAGACAAACAAAUCAUCAAAAAGCUGCAAGUGGUGUUAUACAAUUCAGUGUCUGGCAGCCUUCUGUGCCAAGUAAUGUACUCCUUGCUCCUGCUGCCCCUGGGCACAGUUCAACCUUUGCUGAGCCAUCUACUAGGCUUGCUGGAGCAGCUCAAUGACUUCAACAGGUUGCUGCCAGAGACUGUCUUGCUGGAGGAACAAGAACUAGGAGUGAAAGAUCAGAAAACCUGCUCAGAUAAAAGUGAAGAAAACACAAGCAUUGGGCCGCAGGAGGAGGAGGAGUGCAGAUGGGCCUGGCUGUUGGACCUGGAAAGGUCUGUAGCGCUGGCAGUUGGCCGCUGCCUCGGUGGUAUGCUGCAAGGCUCACCACUGUCCCUCCAGGAGAAAGCGUCAGAGGUCUGGCUAUCAAAUGUCCUUUUCAGGAAUGGCCUGGAGAUGGACUUUGAACAGCUGGACUCAAGCAUGACAUGGCUGACCGAGGUAGUGCUGCUGGGCAGUACUGAUGCCAGACUCACUGAGCUGAGCUUGACUGAAGAAACCCGGACUUUACUGGAACUGGCACUGGGCUCAUCCAGAGGACUUGCAGGUGGCAUAUGGCAGAAGAUGGAGGAUUAUGCUCACGGCAAAGCAGAAUGGGAGAAUGGAGGCUCUUCAGGUGAUUGUUUGCUGCAAAUUGUGUGCCGCUGCUGUCUGGCUGCUCUCCUGAAACACACGGGCCUGCAGAGUGAGGCCUGUUGGCAGGACAGCCAUGAGCCCUGUGAGAUGCUGUUUGAUGUCUAUGAAACCGUUUAUAAAAUCAGAAGUGCUCUGAUGACCCUCAAAAGCAGUUCAAGGAUGACACAAGUAGAAGCAUCUACCAAACAGAUCUCUCAGUCUCCUCAAAGUCCUGAUGUGGAAAGGCAAGAGCCAUGUACCUCAGUGGAGCAGGUGGGGAAGGAUAAUGAGCAGCAAUCAGUAGGACACUGUAGCCGGGAGGUGCAGGUGCCCCCGUCACCCGCAGCAAACCACAACCAGGAAGAGGUUGCAGACGAUGACAGAUUUAGCAGUCGUGUUUACCUGUCAGAAGUCCUAGAAUCAUUCAUGGCCACUCGGGAAGCCAUGCAAGUGCAGCAGAAUGUGACAGUCUACGAGUCAUUCGGCACUUCCACCCUUCAGAGCAGCGUGGAGAGCCCCGUCAGUCCUGAGGGAGAGCCUGAUUCCAAGCAGCAGUGGGAGAAGAAUGGGGAAUCUGAGGAAAGCUUGUCUUUCCCUGCUGCCUGCCAUCUGGUGGUGUCCCGAUGCCUCUUCCUUCUGCUGGGGGUCAGGCCUGCUUGGUUGGAACCCAGCGAAAGGGAGAACGUUCAGGCUGUGAACACUGGAGGGAGGAAAUUGUCAGCAGAAUCCCUUACAGUCACUGUCAGUGGAAGAAAACAGUCUGAUCAGUCCAAAAACACCUCUGGAUCUGCAAGGAAUAAAAUGGGUUUACCUCUGUGUUCUUUGGGGAUAAUGAAAGAUGCUUGGGAUCGCCUGCGACAGUGCAUCAGCCCGUCCAGCACCAUGUCCCACUACAGCAACAACACUUUGCCUAUUCUUAACCAGGUGUUUCAUUUUGUCUGUGGAAGCCUGGCCCAUUUAUCGCCCUCCUCAACGGUGUUUUCCCCUGGUCAGAGUUGUAGUCAGGCAGAUCCAAAGUCUAUUACUUUUGCCAUUAUGCAGCAGCAACAGCGGGCUGAGAUGCGGCUGGAGGCCUUGUGUCAGAUGUCAGCCUUUCUGUCUAAGAUGGAAGAAAAGAGCUGUGAAUCCACAGCAUCCAACCAGUUUCCUGCUUUGUUGCAGUCUGUGCAGCUGCAGUUCCUGUCUGGAUGCUUUGCUUUAGGAACACAAAUCAUUGGCUCCCACUCUGCUAAUUAUGAGACUCAGCACUACAUGUGUGGCACACAUUCAGCUUCUUUGGAUACACAGAGAGAGUUACAGUCUGCAGCCCACACCUUCUACCAGCAAGUGGUGCGUGUUCUUAAACACAGAGUCCUGUUUGAAAGAAAACAUCCAGGUUCUUGCCAGCACCUUCUUCUUGCCACAAUGUUUGCACUGAAUUUCCAUUACCAGCCUGUGGAUCUGGUGCUAGUCAUCAAAUGUGGCAUCCUGGAAAUUCUUUCCACGCUGACCAACAACAGCUGUGUGCUGAUCAACCAGAGCUGGUUUGCAGCUACAGCGUCUGGAUCUAUGCUAUUAGGUGGAGCCGUGAGGCUCGCUUGUGCCCGCCUGCUUCAGAUAUUGACUGUAGCUGCAAGCUCGUGUGAGGAUUUGCUGCCUAUCGAUGUAUCCCAGGCCCUUAUGGAGGUGAUGUGUGAGCAGCUUCAGAACAUCUUGUACAAUUUCCACCAGCAACAGAUAGCAGAGAUGGGAACAGCCGAGAAAACUGAUGUGGACUCCUACACAAAUCUAGUCGGAGCAGAAAACAGCAAAGUAGUUGAAUCCCAGCUUGCGGAUUUCUUGGUGUUUCUGAGGCGUGUACUGUCAUUAAGAGUAAUGAAAAGACUUUCUACAUUUAUAAGAUGGAUCGAUCCACUCAUGGCCAUUAUUUCACACAAGUGCUCUUUAGGAUCUCCACGCUUCCAGAACCUCCGCACUAAACUUCUGACCUUCCACGUUUUAGAACGACUGUUACCUGCUUGUUCUGAGCCCGUUCACAUUGAACAGAUUGUUAAACAACUCUUUCAGCUCUUGUCUGUUUAUAUGUGGGAGGAGCCUCUAAGUCAGAGCAACCAUGAAGAAAUGCCUGAAAAAGACAAAGGGAAUCCUGGCAGCUACGAUGAAUGUAUUCCCAUUGGAGAUUUUUCCUUUGACCCACACAAACUAAUGUGCUGUUCUCUGGAGAGCGGGAACAUCCUCUCACAUGGUUCUGGAGGGAAAGGCUACGGUUUGGCAACCACUGCCAUUACCUCUGGCUGUUUUAUAUGGAAGUUCUACAUUACCAAAGAGAAUAGAGGCAACGAGGGAACGUGUGUUGGUGUUUCUCGCUGGCCAGUUAGAGAUCACAACCACCAUACAACUACAGAUAUGUGGCUGUAUCGUGCUUAUAGUGGCAACCUUUACCAUGGAGGGGAACUGGUGCGCACACUUCCCUCCUUUACACAGGGUGACACCAUCACCUGCAUCCUGGACAUGGAGGCUCAUACUGUAUCAUUUGCUAAGAAUGACAAGGAGCCAAAGUUGGCAUUUGAAAGUGUGGUCGCUAAUGAACUAUAUCCUUGUGUGUUAUUCUACAGCAGUAACCCUGGAGAGAAGGUGGCUCUGAGUGAUCUCCAGAUGAGAGGCAUGCCCAGCAGUCUGCUUCCUGGAGACCCACUCUGCAGCCCCCGGGCUACUGUUCUACUCGAGUCAACAGUGCAUCUGCUGCGUCGGCUCCACCAGUGUGACCAGUGGUCCCCGCACAUAAACCAGUAUAUUCAUACCCACCUGGAGCUCAUUGGUCCCCUGCUGAGAGAAGAUAACUCAGGAAACUUCAGUACAGGCCUCAGUGCGUCACACAAUGAGAAGGAAGAGAACGACAAGGACCUGACUGGUGAUCACACAAAGGACGUGCUGUCACACUGUCGGUUUCUGUCUGAGGCCAAGCUGGCUGCUCUUUGCACUGAAGUGUGGCCGGUAUUUGCUCUGAUUGGAGGAGUUGAUGGCGGUCUCCGUGCUGGAGGCCUCUGCCUGCACAAACCCAGCGGGCGUCGAGCUAUUCUUCUCGGCAUUCUAAAGGAAGGAAGCUCUCUCGCCAAGCUACAGUGGGAAGAAGCAGACCUCUCUGUCAGCUCCAUGAAUUCUUGGUCACCCAGCGACACGCCGAUCAUCUCACUGGAUCCCUGUGACAUAUCCUGCUGUGAUGUCACCCGCCUGGGAGGCCUCAAACCAACAGUGUUGUUAGAUCUGAUUUAUUUGAUGGGGCUGCUGGAGGAACAGGGUUGGCUAGGUGCUCACGUGCCCCCGAGAAGGAAGUACUCUGGGGAGAACAUCAAAGAAUACCUGGAUAAAGACAUACAAGAUGAUGUCACGUGGCUGACAGAAAAUGAAAGGAAAAAGGAGCAGAAAGAUGAGAGUGUCUCGUCAUCCUCAACCAAAGAUGCAGCAAAGAUCACAGACCUGCAGGAGUUGACCUCUCAAGCUCAGCCUCUGCAGACAUUCCAGACUUCCAGAAUGGAUGCAUUUGCACUUGAACUUAGGGCACUCAGAGUGUCAUACCUUCUCACUGGAGGUUUGAAAUCCCUGACUGUCAUUUUUAGCUGUGAGAAACUGUCAGAUCUGCUUCUAGUGCCAAAACAUGAGCCCCCCAACUCCUCGGGGAGUUCCCUGUCCAGUCCAAACUGUGACCAAGCUAAAGCCGGCAGUAAACAGUGGGAUGAAAGUGCUGAGCUGAGAUCGGUGCAGCAGUAUGUGGUGCAGAGCAUGGUGAAGUGGGCAGUCAGACACUGCCCCAUCAAACAGACUGUGUCUCUUGCUGAUUUGGAGAGAGUUCAAGUCAUGAUAUACAAGGGAGCUGUUAAAGGACUGCAGGAGGACAAAGAGAACAAGGAAUCAGGCCACCACUUGUCUUCUCAGCCCAUCUCCAAGUCCUCGAGCUCUGUGUCCUUGUACAGCGUGGGCUCCGAAGGCACUGCUGUCUUUGGCCAGUCAAACAGAGCCUCUGCCUCAUCCUCUAACACAGAUUUGGCAUCCUCUCUCCCAAUAAAUCUUCAGGCUGACAGCCUUGAUAAUUUUAACCCUUUCCUUCCCAUCAGCCUCCUCCAGCACAUGGUGCUAACUCGGUUCCCUACGCUUACGGGACUGGUUAGCACUCCCCCUGUGUUGCACCCUUGCUUCAGCCUUGCCAGCUCUGCUUCUUGUGAUGCCUUCACAGAACAGCAGACUAGCUUCAUGGAACCCGGUCCCUGCAGCACACAGGCCAGAAGCAGCCUGGAACGGACACAAAUGUUUGUCACCAGUCGGUUGCUAGAAAUGGGAUUCUCUAUGAGACAUAUCUACUGGGCCAUGGAGGCAGCAGAUGUAGCAGGUGACUUGGACUCACAAACCAUUGAGGUGUUGGCCAGCUGGAUGCUAGAGCACCCCCUGACUGAGGAGCAGCAAGUAGCUGAGUCACCAAGACCAGAGGGGGCUCCUGAGACUCCGUCCCCAGAUGGGCCAGAGACAGUUCAGUGUCCCGAGCGCCCCACCAGUCACACCACUGAAAGUCUGUUACCUGGGCUCGACUGGAUAGAAAGGGAGAACUUCUUGGAUGUCCACCUCACUAGGAAUAGACCUCCUCCGGCCCGGCGGCGACGCUCAGGCCCCACUCAGAGGACCUCGUUCCGAAGGGCAGACUUGCCAUCACCCAGCCCUCUCCCCCAGUUGUAUCAACAGCACACAGCUGUCAGUGAUUGGCCGGAGCAGGUAGAGUUUCACCCUUACUCUGCUGAGGAAGAGUCAGAGCUUGGCUACAUGGAUGAUCCAUACCAUGAAGAAAGUUACGAGGACCUCCUCACCCCUUCAUUCUUCAGCUUGGAGAGAGACACACUGCAGAUAGUGGAGGCUGGAGAGGAACACAGUCAGAUGGUUAAAUGUGAGCUGUGCAACACCCUCACCUUGCAGUUUAACAAUCACAUAAAGCGACGACACCCAGGCUGUGGGCAGAGUGCUGCACGUAAGGGCUAUGACAGCACUGGGGCCUACGUGGAUGUUUGGUUCAAAGGGGAAUGUGGCUCCAACUUCCCCUUCUACCUCCUCUGCAGCACCUGCAGGGAAAAGUACCUGGCUGCAAAUGCAAGCAAUCCAAACUCCAAAUAUGAAAGGAUUAAAGGCCUGACAUCAGAUUUAAUUGGCCAGAUGGACAGCACAUCUGAUGAUGACUGGGAGAUGAGCCACCAAGAUGAGUAUGACACAGAGAAACUGACAGGACUGGAAGAUUUUGGGCUCCUGCUCAGACCACUCGGUUUGACUGAGAAGAAGCUGGUACCAGACCCCAUUGCCUUUACAGAGCCAGAUCCACUUGGAGCGCUAGUUUACAGUUCAGCUUGUCCUUCAAGAGCACCUGUUCCCAAAGGGAAUGCCCUUGUCGAGCAGAAGACCUCUUUGAGCCUUGGACAGCAGGCAGUAUCACUGAGGGACUCUCAUGAUAGACUGAAAGCAUUAAGGAGAGUCACAUCCACAGCCCAGAUUCUGCUUGCUUACAGCAUCGUGAUGAGAGCGCUGUCCCAGACUGCCUCAGGUGCAUCAGUGAGUAGCCAGUCUAAUGGACUUGAGUCCUUGGGUCUGGCAGACAUCCGUAUUCUGGUGCGUUUGAUGACUUUAGCGGCAGGUGGCAGGGCUCACACCUGCGUGGACGGUCGGUCCAGUAUGAGAGGGCUGGCGACAGAUGGCAGCAACUCCACCUGCCUCACCUUUCUUACCUCAGCCAUUGGCAGCGUGGUGUCCCACAGUCCUACUGCUUACAGAGAGCUGGUGGAGAUAUGCACUCAGGACCUGAUGGCAGCAGCUACAGGGGUUAAUAUUGGAGCCAUCAGUGACCCACAGCAAAGAGCAUGCCUGAAUGCCAGCUUAACAGCUGCAAACCCGGGAGCCCAGCAGCAGAGGGACUAUCAUGACCAGACGCCGCCAACGUUCCUGGUCACACAAAGUCUGGUGUCCCUGCUCACUGAAAAGAGCCAUCACUGUUACACCCCAGACAAAGCUGAACACGAGACUAAUGAUGCAGGAAACCAGGGGGGCUCUUCCUCUUUGACUCCCUCCUCUUUGCCACACCUCAGUGCCAAAGUUGGCCCUCUGGAGCUGGCAAAUGCAUUGGCAGCAUGUGUCCUCUCUGCUCGGCUAACCAGUAAACACCGCCAGUGGGCAGCACAACAGCUGGUGCAGGCUUUGGCUGCCACAGGAAGGGACAGUUCUCAUCGACCUCAAACAUACAGCGACUUGGUUGGUGACCUGCGGAAAUGCCCCCUUAAGAGACUGGAAGGACAUUAUAACAAGGUGGCCAGCUGUUCCUGGAGCAGUGAGCAGAGUUUGUUGGCUACAUGUUCUCAGGACAAAGUGGUACAGCUAUGGAGCAUUAGCCACAACACCGUGGAGCUACAGACCACCUUCUCCUGUAUUACCAGUAAGACAGACCGAUCGAGCAGCGAGAGGGCUGGCAGAUGUCAUCUCAUGUCUCCUGUGUACUGGAGUACAGGGGGGAACUUUUUGGCUGCCCCCGAGAACAAACACAUCAACAUUAUGAACAUUAGAGGAUCGCUCUGUCACGUGGAGAACCAGGGUUCUCGGGUCACUGCUCUUUGCUGGGCUCAGGCCUUCAGUUUGUGGGUGCUUGACCAGUCUGCAGCCUGUAAGAAUAGACCCGCUGAGAGCCUGUUGGUGGGACGGCUGGAUGGCUCACUGUGCUGGCUGCAGGUCACAAUGCAGGAAACAGACCUGCUUGUGAGGAGCACUGAACUCACUGCCUGCCACAGGAACGAGGCUGCCCAGUGUGUAGCCUGGCACAGUGAGGACAAAGCGUUUGCAGCGGGCUAUCCCAGUGGGAAGAUUCUGUUGUCCACAACAGAAACUUAUGAGAACGAGCAGCCCGUAGUGCUGUCUCUCUUCCAGGACAGCGUGUGCUCCUUAAAGUGGGACCCCACAGGACACUUGCUGCUCUGUUUGGGGAGGUCAGAGGUAGUAAAGGUACUGGGACGCUCUGGGAGCUCCUGGGUGACCCUCCACAAUCUCUUCCACACCAGUACUGUUAACAUUGCCGAAUGGUGUCCACUCCCUGGAAGAGCACCUGAUCCCAGACUAAUGCUGGCCGCAGGUUGUCAGAAUGGCUCCGUGUAUGUCUGGACACUACCACAGGGGGGCACUGUUGUAUCGUUGCCCAGCAUGUUGAACAGCCAGGAGAGAGAGACUGAGACCAAGCAGGAUAGUGCAAAGUGUGCAUUUGUACUUCAUGGCCACAUUAUGGCCGUGAAGUCCCUUUCAUUUUGUUCCAGUGGAUUAGCUCUAGUGUCUGGCGGGAUAGGGGGUCUGCUCAACAUCUGGUCCUUACAGGAUGGUUCGGUGUUACAAACUGUUACCGGUUUGGGUUCAGCUGUCAGCACUACGUGGAUACCAAACAUGGGGGUUGCUGCCUGUUUUGGAAGGUCAAAGGAUGUUUUGUUGAUCUGCUGCACCCCUGACUGGAUCAACCAAAAUCACGUGCUAGCUUCCUGUCGUACGGUCCUCAGAAGCCAAAACGUUUCGGGUCUAAAUCGGGCACCUUGUUUGGCUGUCUUCCUGGAGAGGCUGCCCCUGCUGCUGCAGGAGCAGUACAACUAUGAGCGGACCCAUGUGGGAGCUGGCGACCAGCUCGUCCACAGUGCCUUCCUGCAGAGCCUGGCCUCCUUGACAGUUGGGCUGUCCUUGGAGAAACACCUGUGCUGUUACCCACACCCACCACACCACACUUACCCCGAUGCUCACUCCUGCCCUCCAGAGUGGACCUGGCUAGUCACUUAUGCCACCACAGUGCGCAGCGCUGAGGCUAUAGCCAGUGGCACUGCCUUCCCUGAAGCCUUCAUUGUUUCAGAAUUUCACGAUGUGCAGGACAAUAAAAUUGCCAAGGCACUGGACAAUAGCAAGUGGAGUUUCAGGAUGGAUGAGCAGCUGAUGUCGUGGGCCACCAGUAGACCGGAGGAUUGGCAACAAGGGGGAAAGACUGAGGUGUAUCUGUGGGGCAAUGGACGUUUCGGGCAGCUGGCUGGAAUGGGAACCAAUCUUAGGAUGCCUACACUGGCACCCUCUCUGUUACAGACACAGCAGGUUGUGUGUGGUCAGAACUGUACCUUUCUGCUCCAGUCCAAUGGGACUGUACUGGCUGUAGGAGAAGGACAAUAUGGCAGACUGGGCCAAGGGAAUUCUGAUGAUCUCUAUGUUCCAACUAUUAUCUCUGCUUUUCAAGGGUACGUGGUGACACAGCUGGCGACAUCUUGUGGUUCAGACGGACACUCGAUGGCCCUGACUGAGACUGGGGAGGUAUUCAGCUGGGGAGACGGAGAUUUUGGAAAACUGGGUCAUGGCAACAGUGAAAGACAGAGGAGACCCAAACAGAUAGAGGCGCUGCAAGGAGAAGAGGUCAUUCAGCUCGCUUGUGGCUUCAGGCAUUCUGCUGUGGUUACAGCAGAUGGGAAGUUGUUCACCUUCGGUAGUGGUGAAUCUGGCCGUCUGGGUCAAAGGUCGACAUCUAACAAAAUGCUGCCUGAAAGGGUGGCUGCACUAGAGGGAUAUCAUGUUGGACAGGUGUCAUGUGGUCUCAAUCACACUUUGGUGGUGUCUCUUGAUGGCAUGGUUGUGUGGGCAUUUGGAGAUGGAGAUUAUGGUAAAUUGGGAACUGGUUCUUCCACAGCAAAAUACUACCCUCAGAAAGUUGAGCAACUUUGCAAUAAGAGAAUUAAGAAGGUCUGUUGUGGAACUCAGUUCUCUGUGGCCUUGGCCUGUGAUGGACAUGUCUACACAUUUGGUCAAGAGCGUAUGAUUGGCCUGCCGGACUCCAUGCUGAAGAACAAAUCCUGCCCCCAGGUGGUGCCGUCCCUGGAAGGACUGUUUAUAGAAGACAUUGCUGUGGGCUGUGAGCAUGUGCUCGCCAUGUCCUCCACUGGAGACGUCUAUGCCUGGGGCAGCAACAACGAAGGACAGCUUGGCCUUGGGCACACCAACUCAAUGAAAGAGCCCACGCUUGUCGCAGCCCUCCAGGGUAAAACCAUCAGGCAGAUCUCUGCUGGCCGCUGCCACAGUUCGGCGUGGACCACCCCCUCUACCUCGAUGAAGAACUCAGGUGGCUCUGGGAAUUUCCAGUUAGGCCUUCCACAGUCAGUCCCUCCCCAGUACACCACUCUGAAAGACUGUAGCCCUGAUGUUCUCAGCAUGCGCCUCAGGGUACUCUACCACUUUUCUGAUCUCAUGUACAAAUCCUGGAGGCUGCUCAACCUGGACACCAAAAAUCCGGUGUCCACUUCACGCUAUAAUUCAGGAACAACAGCCAUUAUACGAGGGGAGCUCAGAGGCCUUCUAUCACCCAAGGUCAACACUCUGCCUCUUGUGCGCUCGAUUGGCAGAACAAUGACCCAGGGCAAAACAUAUGGGCCUCAGAUCACUGUAAAACGGCUUUCCACAAGAGGGCGUUCGAGCAAACCCAUCUUCGUGCAGAUCGCAAAGCAAGUGGUGAGCCUGAAUCCUCUGGAACUGCGGCUGCCGUCACGAGCCUGGAAGGUCAAGCUGGUAGGAGAGGGAGCUGACGAUGCUGGCGGAGUGUUUGAUGAUACCAUCACCGAGAUGUGCCAGGAGCUGCAGUCUGGUGUGGUGGAUCUUCUGAUUCAUACUCCCAAUAGCUUUGCAGAUGUGGGCAGUAACACUGACAGGUUCCUGCUUAAUCCAGCGGCGCACUCGGAUGAUCACAUGGUCCAGUUUCGCUUCUUGGGUAUCUUGAUGGCAGUGGCCAUCCGCACUAAGAAACCUCUGGACCUUCAUCUGGCUCCUUGGGUGUGGAAGCAACUUUGCUCGAUGCCACUCGGGGGAGCUGACUUGGAGGAGGUGGACCUGCUCACCUACCGCAACCUCCAAGGCAUCCUUCACCUCGAAAACAGUGAAAUCACUGAGGACAAUUUCCAUGUGAUGAUCCCACUGGAUUCAUUCAUGGCCCACAGUGCAGAUGGAAGGCUGGUACCUGUGGUUCCCGGAGGUCAAAACAUCUCUCUGACCUUUGGAAACCGGACUGAAUAUGUGGAGAGAGCUCUGGAAUACAGACUGCAUGAGAUGGAUUCCCAGGUGGCAGCAGUGAGAGAGGGCAUGUCCACCAUCAUCCCCGUGCCCCUCCUCUCCCUGCUGACGGCACAGCAGCUCGAGCAGCUGGUCUGCGGCCUGCCAGAAGUCUCCGUCGAGAUGCUAAAGAAGCUGGUGCGUUACCGCGAUAUCACCGAGAGCCACCAGCUCAUUUGCUGGUUCUGGCAGAGCUUGGAGGAGUUCACGAAUGAGGAGCGGGUGCUUUUCCUACGCUUCGUCUCUGGCAGGUCCAGGCUGCCCUCCAACCUGGCUGAUAUCACGCAGAAGUUCCAGAUCAUCAAGGUGGACAGGCCCAUCAACGGACUUCCAACCGCUCAGACCUGUUUCUUCCUUCUUCGCCUGCCCCCUUACACGAGCCAGGCCAUCCUCGCUGAGCGCCUGCGUUACUCCCUUCACAACUGCCCCUCCAUUGACAUGGACAACUACAUGCUGACUCACAACACCGACCCAGCAGACAGCUCUGACGCCGAGGACUGAAGCAGAAAACUCCAGACUCCAACGGGGUGGUGAAUGUUUUUCUCCGAUGCCAUGCACAUUAUGCACUGAACACAGAUUUUUAUUCACCAGACUUAUACGGUUGUGAUGUUUAUAUGUUGGUUAAUUUAAAGAUAUGCGUAGAUUUGAGUUUCUCUUCCAGCUGUGACAGAUGUUGUAAUUAUUGCAGUGCUUAUUCUGAAUCAAAACUACUACAGGGAAAACAGUAAGAUUUUUUUUAAAAAUCUACGUGAAUAAGCCACAGUUAAGGAGUUAAGGUGCCUGUUGUUCGAAAAUGUGUAAUAAUUUAUUGACCUCUGAAACUUACUGUAAUCAGUAAAACUGUAAAAUAAAGAGUGUUUAAAUAAGGAA